UAGUAAGUUUGUUGUUUUUUGAUUUAAAAGAAACUUAUUAAUUUCCAUUAGCUGACCAAGAUAUUUUUGUCAAUUAUAAUCGGUCCUAUGAUAUGAUAUUUAUAUGGCAUCACCGGAAAAGAGAUAAAUAACACUGCCAGACUGCCUUAUCAAAAAAACCACUUCCAGAGACUACCAUCCCGGAAAAAAAAGAAAGAAAAAGAAGCAUUUCUCCAACUACGAUCAGCAAGAAUAAGAGUUCUCCAACCGACAAAUCAAGGGCGCUAAGAACAUCGUAAAGCUGAUCUGUUUUUCGGCAGUAGGGUACCUCCUAUUCUUCCGUUUAUUCAGUCAGCGUAGAACUCCGCAACUUGUUAGGAAUUGCCUAUCAGCUUGCUUCUUCAAGUGAAAUCUGAUUGCAUCUGUCUUUCGAAGGUUAUUACACUUCAAGAAGGAAUAUCUGGUUCCAAAUGGACGAUUUAUCUGACCAUCUAGUAUGGGAGAUCAUGAACAGGGUUAAGAAAACCGUAGACAGAAAUUCUGCUUCACUAGUAUGCAAACGCCUCUACAAAUUGGAGAAAGAGCAACGGGAUUUUCUUAGAGUUGGUUGUGGAUUAAAUCCUGCUACUGAAGCAUUAACUUCACUCUGCAUUAGAUUUCCCAACUUGGUAAAAGUAGAAAUAGUUUACUCUGGUUGGAUGUCUAAACUAGGGAAACAGUUAGAUGACCAAGGGCUUCUCAUUCUUUCAAACAACUGCCCUUCUCUGACAGAUCUCACCUUAAGCUAUUGUACAUUCAUCACUGAUAAGGGUCUCAGUCAUCUGGCUUCUUGCUCGAAGCUCUCAGCCUUGAAGUUGAAUUUCACCCCAAGAGUCUCUGGUUGGGGCAUAUUAAGUCUUGUUCUUGGCUGCAAAAACCUUUCUAUUCUCCACCUUAACCGAUGCCUAAAUGUUACCAGCACUGAAUGGCUAGAACACCUACGCAAGCUUGAAUCACUUGAAGAACUCUCAAUAAAGAAUUGUAGAGCGAUUGGGGAGGGUGAUUUAAUUAAGCUGGGACCUAGUUGGCAGAAACUUAAGAGAUUGCAGUUUGAGGUGGAUGCUAAUUAUAGAUAUAUGAAGGUUUAUGGUCGAUUAGGUGUAGACAGAUGGCAAAACAAAUGGGUUCCUUGUGAAAAUAUGUUGGAGCUUAGCUUGGUGAAUUGCAUCAUCAGCCCAGGGAGAGGACUUGCUUGGGUACUGGGCAAGUGCAAGAAUUUGGAGAAGAUUCAUUUGGAAAUGUGUAUCGGGCUAAGGGACUGUGAUAUUAUAUGCUUAGCCAAAAAAUCAAGAAAGCUCCGGUCUAUUUCCCUCCGAGUACCUUCAGAUUUGUCCCUGCCUCUUCUGAUGAACAGCACCAUGAGAUUGACCGAUGAUAGUUUAAAAGCUAUGGCACAAAACUGUCCUCUGCUUGAAUCUGUUGGGAUAUCCUUUUCUGAUGGGGAGUUUCCCUCACUCUCCUCAUUUACUUUGAAUGGGAUUCUUACUUUGAUCCAAACAUGUCCAAUUCGAGAACUUUCGCUUGACCAUGUUUAUUCCUUCAAUGAUGUCGGGAUGGAAGCUCUUUGUUCCGCUCAGUAUCUUGAAACUUUGGAGCUUGUCAAAUGCCAAGAAAUUAGCGACGACGGGUUGCAGCUUGUGAUCCAGUUCCCAAGAUUAUCCACAUUGCGACUAAGCAAGUGUUUGGGAGUUACAGAUGACGGAUUAAAGUCACUUGUCGGAUCAUACAAAUUGGAAUUGCUUGCCGUAGAAGAUUGUCCCCAAAUAUCUGAAAGAGGUGUCCAAGGCAUUGCCAGAUCUGUAUCUUUCCAUCAAGACUUGUCAUGGAUAUACUGAAGUUUUGCUGGAAUCAAGAAACUUCAGUCGCCAAGGUCUGCUCAAUUUAAAUUGAUGUUCUUUUUUUCUGUUCUUCUUGUUCUGCUUCUAUCUCAAACAUUGAAAUUGUUUUGUGUUUGUGAUUGUAAUAUAUGCAUUAUUGCAUUCUUAACUACAAUGAUCUGUUGCAGUCAUUGGUAUUUUUGAUUCAUUUAUUAUGAAGUGGAAUAUUGGCAGCUACACUUUAGAAGUGUGAAAGCCAUAGUUGUGGUCA